AUGCGUUUAUUGCACAGCAAAGAUCGCUCCAUCAUAUGGACACUCUUCUUGAUUAAAGUCGUUGGUAUAUGGAUCGCGAAUAAUCGAGCCGAACAGCUUCGGCGAAAUCUUGCUUUGGUUUACACGCUCACGGCUCUGUCUAUCGCCAUGGGUAUCGCGUUAAGAGACCUGCAUUUUUCGUGGGGCAACUUCAACGACUGCGUUUACAUAUUUUGCAACAUUCUGUACUUGAUGAACGGGUUCUUCAAGAUCGCAGUUUUGUCCGCUCACAAAAGAAAGUUCUUCGACAUAGUUUUAUGCACGGAGCAAACAUUCAUGCCUCCGACCGAUGAUCAAACUGAGCGAAAGAUUUUGAUGGACUGCAAGAGAUUGUGCGAUUGGUUCAUUGUUUUUAUUAUGUUUUGUGUUCAGGGUGGUUGUUCUGGUUACGCCAUUACACCUUUUGUGGAAAAUAUUGGAAAAAACGAAUCUGAAAGGAUACUACCUUUCAAUCUCUGGAUCGAUUUUCCUACUGGAAUGUCCCCUUACUUUGAAGUAUUCUUCACUAUACAGAUACUUUGCGUGUAUCACGUUGCGAUAAGCUACUUUUGCUUCGACAAUUUCUUAUGCAUCUUGUGCCUGAACAUAACAGGCCAGUUUCGCAUACUGCAACACAGGCUGAGGUCUCUGGCAUCGAUGCAAACCUGUGAACAAAAUCUGAACAGGAGUCGGACUAAAAGUGCCAUCGAACGUUUGAUAAAAUUGAAGAGCUGCAUCCGACACCAUCAGGCGCUUAUUAAUUAUUGCAGGAAGCUCGAGAACGUGUUUACGUUGAUCAUAUUGGGCGAAAUACUGUUCGUAGCUUUGUUAUUAUGUUGCCUGGGAUUUCAAGUAUUUCUGAUGUUCACACCACCCGCAAGACGUAUAAGUUUGGUACUCAGCAUGAUGGCCGUUUCCUCGCAACUUCUCAUGUUCUCAUACUGUUGGGACGGCUUAAUGCGGGAAAGCGGAAAUAUCGGGCAAGCUGCAUUUGCUGGUCCAUGGUUCGUAGCUAAGAUGAACGAAGGUGGUAGAGCUCUAAGGGAAGAUGUGUUAAUAAUUAUCAUGAGGGCCAACAAAGCUUGCUGUUUGACUGCUGGAGGAUUCUUUCCUGUAUCUCUGGAAACUUUCACAGCGGUUCUCAGCACAGCAGUGUCCUAUUUCACGCUUCUAAGAAAUUCAGCUCCAGACUUAAUAAAGACGUAG